AUGGCGUUCCUUCGGGCAGCGGUCACCCUGCUGUGCCUCGUGCAGCUUGCGCGCUCAAAGACAGAGUGGCUGCAGAGCUUGAAGGACAUGAAGCUUCCUGGCGAGGAGAUGCCGUCUGUGGGGUGCUCAACGGGCAGAGGCCCGCGGGCUUGGGGAGCGACUGAGGGAGAGGCCUUUGAAGGUUGGGUACCUCUGACAAUCAUGGACUUUACACCGGUGAAUCGCUCCUUCUAUGUCCAGCUACCCAAGGGUGUGGGCACUUCGAGAUGGCGUCCAGCACCGCUUCUCAUCGCCCUCCAUUCACAGGGGGACCAAGCGGAUUCGAUGGCUUACAGCCAUGACUAUGGAACUUUUGGGAAGUCUCUGGGUUUUGUCAGUGUGUUUCCACAGGGUCUCGACGAUGCUGUUCCUGGGGGUGGAGACCUUGGAACAGGCUGGAACGUUGGAACUGCUGGAGACGACCAGACAUGCGUCACUGAUGAGGUUACCGCUGACUGCUAUGCAUCAUGUUGGGAGCAAGGCAAGUGUGGAAGCUGCAACUGGUCAGGGUGCUAUGACGAGAGGCUUUUCAUCUACUCAGUCAUCCAGGCCAUCAGCUCUGUUUUGUGCAUUGACCAGAGCCGUGUUUAUGUCACCGGUGAGAGCAAUGGGGGUAUGCUUGCCCACUAUCUCGUCCAGUCGCUGCCUGGGACGUUUGCAGCUGUGGUGCCCUGGUAUGGUCUUCCCCUCCUCGGGUAUGGAUUGGGGGCCGAGUUUGAGCUGGUUCGUGAUCGGACGGAUUGUCGACAGACGGCCAUGCUCCAGCUCCACGGGCGUCAAGAUGAUAUCAUGCCAGUUGCAGGAGGCGUUUCUGGUGGCUUCCAGCCUGGUUGGAUCUACGAGCCACUGAACAAAGUUCAACAGGGCUGGGCAGCAGUGCACAAUUGCGACACUGUUGCCAGCUCGACCCGCACCUACUGGGACGGUGGGGAGCGGAAUUUCGCUUGUUUCGACUACAAAGGUUGUACCAGCGGAAGGCGCAUCAUGCGAUGUUUCUAUGACGGUGGGCAUGGUGAUCGCCCCGGCGAGGGCGCUGCAGAUCAGAUCACGGUCUGGUUCUUGCUGCAGUACCGCCUCGAUUCAGCGAAGCCAAAGUCCAACGCAUCCAUCUUCGUCUGA